AUGAGUCGCGAGUUGAUCAGGUCGCUUCUGAUGCUUCUCAUCCGAGUGAUGCUCAUGGCUAUUGACGGUUUGCGUGUGACGCACUCCGAUGCCCCGCCGGUCCGUGCUGGACCUGGUGCCAAUGCUCAGUUUCUGAUCUUUGCGGCCGUGAACGUGCUGCUGCAGCUUUUCAGCACUCUUUCGCAGGGGCUUCUGGCCGUCAAAUGGAUCUUAGCAGGACAGCAGGUGGGGCCACCUUUGAUAGCUUGCUUUGCCAUCGUGGCAGCCGACACGGAGCUGCUGGUGUCUGCAGGUCUGGCUGCCCAUCUGCGAUCGGUACUCGUCAAAGUGGGGAUCCAGAGAGGGGUGAAGAUCAAGUUCGCCUGUAUGGACCACUUGUUAGGGUCACAGGUUGGGAAGACCUGUUUCUUCUUUGCAGCAAUCUCCAUGGCAGUGCUCAUUCCUUUCCUGUAUGACAAGCCGAUGAAGCUUCUCGCCUGGCUGGGGACGAACUUCGGCCUCCUCCUCUGGGCCAACUCCCAGUUCAAGAGCAUCGGCCUGAUGUCCGGCGAGGUGUGGGAGGAGCUGAAGCCUACACAGACCUCGGCCGAGGAACUAACGGUAGCGGAAUUCCUGAGCCAAGUGGGCCUGGCGACUGCCGAGGAGACCUCUUGGACGGACCGCCUACGCUGCAAGUUGAACCAGGAGGACGAGCUGCUGCUGCGCCACAGGCGGGGACUGAUGAUGCAGGCAUUCCCAAAGCGCACCUGGCUGUGCCUGGUGCAUGGCGUCUUGGUUACCUGCUUCUUGCUGCUGAAUGCUGCCGUUCCCCUUGCGAUGGUGUGCUACUGCUUCGCUCAAUUUCCGCAUCUUCAACACGUCAGCGUAACUGGUGGUGAGAUAGCCAAAUUUGAUCCCAAGCAGGAUCAUCAUUUCGUGGGGCUUCAGAAGGACUGGAAGGAAGCUGUGAUUCUGAGCUUCGAAUUGGAGCUCGGUCAAGCCUCGGAGUUUCGAUUCUGUUGGCCUGGCGGGACUUGCUGCGAGCUGAUCCCGGAGCAGCGUGCCGACCAGGUGCUGUUGACAGCGACCAUCGAGCCCACCUCUUUCGGCACAUGCAGUCUGACUUUAUUCGGGAUCCGUUCUAACGAGUAUCGGUUCACUGUGCUGGCUGUGACAGACAUUCAUGCCGAAGUGCAGACGGAGACCAUUCAGAAAGUACGUUUUCCCGGGUAUAGAGUCCAUUGGCGUCAUUACCAUGCCGACAUUGUCCGGUCCGCCGGCAUGACUGAUGUUGAGAUGAAGGUGGCUGUUGGCGUGGACACGAGCCACAUCCGGGUGGAGCCUUCUGCAUACUCAUGCCAUAUGAAGACCAGAGAGUGCAGGCACGAAACGGUCGUCUCUAGGUCUGAGAACGCGCUGAGUGCUCAAUUGGAUUUGGCGGCGGCAUCAAACCUUACGUUGCUGCUGAAGCUGCUUCCGAAAGAUUCUUCAGCGCCCGAGAAUACAUACACGGUCAGUAUUUCAGUGAUUGACAUCUUGGACGAGCUGGACAAGAUUGGCACGAAGAUGUACCAAUUGAAGGCCGAAGUAGACAGCAUGCAGGACUUUGACACCCCUGCAGCUGCCGAUGCCCAGAAACAGUUGCAGACUUUGGUGGAAAAGCGGGAUUCGAUUCUCCAGCAGGCAUAUGAUGAGAAGCCUGAGGACAGAAGCUUUGACACAAUACAGGGUAAGCUGACAUUCCUCGCAGUGGGGCUGACAGGUACGGGCAAAUCAGAGCUGUGCCGGUGGAUGACUGGUAACCUAGAGCGAUGCAAGCCCAGCAGCGGCACUGAGUCCAACACAAGCCAGGUGAUCCGCGUCAAGGGCUGGCCCUUCGAUGAUCGCAAGAUGUCCCCGCAGAUCGAGUGGAUUGACACGCCCGGCCGUGGGGAUACAAGGGGCCAAGCCAAAGAUACUGAGCUCUGGAAUGAGACUAUGCAGGACCUUCGAGAUCGUAGUGCAGGUCGCAUCGACAGCAUCGUCUGGGUGAUGAAUGCAGCCUGGCAGCGGGGAACAGCUACGCGGGAGAUGAUGCUGAAACAGCUUCGGCAAUCCUUCGGCAUACAUUUGUACCCCAACUUGCGCAUCGUCCUGAACUUUCUGCCACAUUCCUCGAACAGGAGCCAGUACUCAGAAGAGCUAGGUGGGCAGAAGGAGAAGUUCACCAGGUGGAUCAUGUCGGUAGAGGAGAAAAUCUUCAAUUGGAGCUCCAAACUUCACGAUCUUGUAGAGCAAGAAGUGAGAAACCUGUCUGUUUACGGUGUGAGUGUACAUCCAAAGUACUAUGAACAGAAGCCAGUUGGUCUGCCGCUCGCGGCACCAUACCUCAGCAAGUUCCCUCCAUUCUCCCACCCAGCUGGUGCAGAGGAAUUGUUCAGUCUCUUCAAUGCCACCCGGGCAAGAAAGGAGCAGGACGCUGAAGGGUUAGACCCAACAAAUCCGCAUCCGCGUGUUGGUCCGGGAAUCUUGCAGUCUGCUGAAGCUUUGUGCAGCUUUUGUGGCUUCCGCGAAGAUGCUAGUCACAUGCUGCUUGGUCCAGCAAUUGUUGGAAUGAGGAUGGUGCUCCACAGUUCAAGCUUGACAGAGGAUGAUGGUGCCGUUCUCCUGCCCAGCAACGCAGAGUGUGGCGAUCCUGAUGAAAAAGCCUGGCCACCAUCUUGGCAGGCCCAUAUCCGCAGGCCCAGGAACGUGACCAACGACCGUUUGGCAUACUUGGAUUUGCCUGUGGACCAGAGCGCAUCAGAAGAACAGCGUCUUUGCUAUUGCGAAGCGCCGAGGUGUAAUGAGUCUUGGAGGUUCGGACAGGGUUCCGAGAACCACUUUGAACCUGCUGCUCGCAACUGCCAAUCCCCGUUUCUCCGCGUCAAUCCAGAGGAUUUUGGUUUCAGAAACAGUUGGCAAAAGUUUGUGCAGUUCGGCGAUCUCUUGAUCGGCACAAGGGCCUCUCCUACGACCUCUCGUCGCGAUGAAUUCCCAGUGCUAGAUGUCAAUUCCGGAAAGAUCCUGUGGGGGAUCAAGUUCGAGGGGCUCGACGGAGACACCAUCACUACCGGUGUCAGUUGCCCUGGUGCUGCAGUUGUCCGUGACCUCAUCUACGUGUUGCCAUCCGCGGGGCAGAGGCUCUUGGUCAUUGACAUGGCCUCCAACACCACAAGCACCAUCGGCAAUAGCUCGCUACUCCCGAGGAACAAGUACCAUGGCGUGCUGGCAAGCGGUGAGGAUUUGUACCUGUUGCCAGGAACUGGCGGGCAGGUUUUGCGCAUGAACGUCGUCAGCAACUCUUUCACUACGUACCCGAUUCCGUUCAAAGUAACAAGUAAAGUCCUGGGCUCAUGGGCUCAAGCAAUUGUAGAAUCGGAGACUAACAAGAUCUUCGCCCUGCCACAAGAAGGGGCAGAAUUCAUGUUGGUCAUGAGACUGGGCAACAAAACCUUCGAGAAGGUUCAGCUCGGCGGUGGGUACAAAAAGAAGUUCGCUUACUAUGGCUUGGCUGCCGUGGCAGGACAGGUGUACGUGGGUCCAGGAUAUAUGCAGUGUAUCUUGAUCGUUGAUGCAGUGACGGAGAAGGUCGUCGAGCGGAUAACAACCGGUGACUUUGGCCAACAUCGGGGACGGUGGUCGUGGGGAGAUGCAGCUGUCGCAGGCAGGAAUAUGUUUUUUGCGCCGCUGUUCAGCACCUGCGUCCUUGUGGUUAAUGUUGACACUAGAAAGCAGCGAUGCAUGGCAGUUCCCGGCUUGAUGCCGUCCGGGCAGUCUUUCCACAGUGCACAGGCCAUUGGCAACAAGCUCUGGUUGGAACCUUACAGCGCUAAGUAUUUUCUGCGUAUUGACAUCCGGGUUCGCGCAACUACUGCUACCUGCGAUGGCGCUCCGAAGUAUGUGCUCAACCUGGAGUAG